UGCAGCUUUAGCCGAUUCACUGUAACUGGGAGAAAAUGAAGCAGGGCAGCAGCUUCAAGACCAACGUGUGAACGCCUCAGACCCUGUAGGCAGCAUCAGCAUGUGCAGAUAUUGCUCAGGUGAUGAGCAGCCGUCAGAUCUCUGCCACGAAGGUGUCGCUGUGUUUUGAUUUGAUGAUGACCUGGAUCCGUCCUCCGGCGUCAUGAAUAAAUACUGAGUGGCUCCGUCGGAACUUUACUGAGCGACCCCUUCGUCUGUUGCUGUUGCUUAUUUCCUGUGGAAUAACUCCCCCUCUGCAUCAUCUUGUCGCCUGAGAGAAGGAAGCCAAAGACAGGCAGGAGGUUCUGCAGCCAGCUGACACGGCACCUGCUCCAAGCCCUUAAAGUCUCUUCUGUCACUGACAAGAUGCCAGAGACGUCCAGCGAGGACAACGUGCGCGCUCCUCCUCAGCACAGCGAGGUGUCGCUGCCUGCAGCAGGAAGCCAGUGUUGGAGCCUUGUGGGGGGAGCCAAGCAGAAACAGCAGAGACCGUCAGUCCUGCGCCAAGUCUCCUACACGGCAUCCAGACGGCAGCAUGAGGCCAGUGCUGCUGCCUGUAAAGAGGAGGUGGAUGUCCGGUGCCCCCACCAGGCUUGCUCACAAACAGCCUCUAACUUGCUGUCCUUGACAAGAUCCGGGGCCAAGCACGGCUCCAUGGAGGCCCGGCUUCAUGAAGGGACCAUUCCCGAAGGCAUGAGUGUCCUGUUUAUGAGUGGGCUCUGCCGCUGGCCUGGCUGUGAGGCUGUGCUUAAAGACUUUCCUAGUUUCCUAAAGCAUCUGCAUUCUGAACACAGUCACGGGGACAGGAGCAUUGCCCAGUGGAGGCUGCAGCAGGACAUAGUUCAGCGUAUGGAGAGUCAGCUCACUCUGGAAAAACAGAAACUGGUGGCAAUGCAGCUUCACCUGCACCUCUUUGACCACAAACACACUGACCUGAAGGCGAGUCCUGAGUGGCCGUGCAGCUUCCCCCUCUUCGCUGCCCAGCCUCAGCUGUCAGACGGGGACCGAGGGCAGCACUGGGACACCAAACGUAUGGACGAGUCGUUCCAGCAGAGCUACCGCGCUGCCGGCUCUGCCCACCUUCUCACAAAUUUGGUUUCUACUGUUGAAUACUACAAAUACAACAACAUCCGGCCUCCGUACACCUACGCCUACCUGAUAAGAUGGUCCAUCCUGGAGUCUCCAGACAAACAACGAACUCUGAAUGAGAUCUACAACUGGUUCACCACCAUGUUCUUCUACUUCAGACACAACACAGCCACUUGGAAGAAUGCAGUGCGUCACAAUCUCAGCCUACACAAGUGUUUUGUACGAGUGGAAGGAGGAAAAGGAGCCGUUUGGACGGUGGAUGAAGCCGAGUAUCAGCGGAGAAAAGGACAGAAGUACCACAGGUACGAAGGUCUGAGGCCAGAGGUGGUUUUAGAACAGGGGGGAAACAUCUGCAGCCGCUGGAGCUUUAUGUGCACCGACUGUGUCAUUCCAGGGACUGUCCUGUAAAGUGGCUCACGUCUUACUCUCAUUACUGUCCAGAGGAGCCCUGAGGAUCAGCUGAUGGCAUCCACCUGCCGGGUUCUACUCGACAACCAAACCUUUGAUACGUCUUUUCAUGUUUUAAUGACUUGUUUAAUGUGUUUCUGUACACAAACUUGGUUUGUAAUUUCAAAUGAAUAAAGACUAAACGGUUG